GCGCGGGGCUAUGAUGGUGCACUGUGCCGGCUGCGAGCGGCCCAUCCUCGACCGCUUUCUGCUGAACGUGCUGGACCGCGCGUGGCACAUCAAAUGCGUCCAGUGCUGCGAGUGCAAGACCAACCUCUCCGAGAAGUGCUUCUCGCGCGAGGGCAAGCUCUACUGCAAAAAUGACUUCUUCAGGCGCUUUGGCACUAAGUGUGCGGGCUGCGCUCAAGGCAUCUCGCCCAGCGACCUGGUGCGCAAGGCCCGCAGCAAAGUCUUCCACCUCAACUGCUUCACCUGCAUGGUGUGCAACAAGCAGCUGUCCACGGGCGAGGAGCUCUACGUCAUCGACGAGAACAAGUUCGUGUGCAAGGACGACUACCUGAGCUCGUCCAGUCUCAAGGAGGGCAGCCUCAACUCAGUGUCAUCCUGUACGGACCGCAGUUUGUCCCCGGACCUCCAGGACCCGCUCCAGGACGACCCCAAGGAGACGGACAACUCGACGUCUUCGGACAAGGAGACGGCCAACAACGAGAACGAGGAGCAGAACUCGGGCACCAAGCGGCGCGGCCCGCGCACCACCAUCAAAGCCAAGCAGCUGGAGACGCUCAAGGGUAGUCUUGGAGGCAGGAGGCGCUAGGACCCCGCAGGGGCGGCCGGGGCCAGGAGAGGAUGCCCACCACGGAGCUCACUGCCCCCUCCUCUGUCCCAGGUGUGGUUCCAGAACCGGCGGUCCAAAGAACGCAGGAUGAAACAGCUAAGCGCCCUGGGCGCUCGGAGACACGCCUUCUUUCGGAGUCCGAGGCGCAUGCGUCCCCUGGGGGGCCGCUUGGACGAGUCUGAAAUGUUGGGGUCCACGCCAUACACCUACUAUGGAGGACAAUAA